AUGGCCGAGAUGUGGCAUUGUGAGACGCCGGUAAUGGCCGAAGUGUCGCAUCGGAUGUCAAACUUUUACAUUGUUUUCCAAUUCGAAGCCGUCACAUCAAUUCACUGGGGACUGCCAGCAGGAUGUCUUCCCACGAGAAGUCCAAUUGACAAAGCUCGAAGAAUACAGGACGAGCACAUCAAAGCCGAUCGGAAUUACUUUGUCACGUGGGACAACACUUUGCACAAGCUACCAACUACAUCCCGCACCAGUAUGAAAACCAAGACAUCCAAGAAGACACGUGCGGAGAUACUUGCCAGGACAUAUUUUGGAGAUGAAACGUUUGACAUGUGCUAUGGCACCGAAGGUGAUGCAUCAAUGACGGUGGACACACCGUCCUAUACAGCAUUGGCCGAUGCACAGUACGGCAGACAAAUAUUUGAGAUGUGCUUUGACCCCGAGGUUGAACCAGCACCUAUCAUUACUGCAGAGACAUCUGUGCCACCAGCGUCGCCCCGAUAUGACCUAUGCUGGGACGAGGCACCGAUUGCCUCGGAUGCCGACGUCAACCAAAUCGUGGAGCUGGCGACAUCUGCGCCACCAAUGGCGUCCCAAUACUAUUUCUGUUGGGAUGCUGCGCCGAUUGCCUCGGAUGCCGAUGUCACACCUAUCAUGGAGCCGGUCAACACACCUGCAACAGAAGAGCGAUAUGAUAUGUGUUGGGAUGACCAACCGCCGGCAUCAACAUUUUUCCACAAUGCUGAUUGUGAUAUGUGCUGCGGCGAUGAAGCAUCCGGCAAUGCCGAUGAACCAUCUGGCGAUGCCGAUGACCGAGGAAGUGGUCUGACCUUUGAAGAGAUCGUCGACUCGGUCAAUGCCAGUUAUGAUCAACUUCGGCUUGCAUCGCCGGCCGCAACACCACCACCGAGAUCCACCGGGCUUGCUUCGCCGGCCGCAACACCACCACAGAGGCCAACAACACCAAGUCAAAUGUCUGACACUAGUGAGGAGGUUCUCAGCCGAGCCAAUAUGCGGUUACACAAUAUUGACACUUUCAUGAACAAUGACCCAGGAGAAGCAUUUGCGGUGAUUAUAGAUGCAAACCGUGGUUUGAUCUCGGAGUACAGGGAAGCUCGGGACAGAUUCAUGGAGGCUGGCAAAGAUGUUGCAAAGAUCCAACAUCUGAUGAACUUACAGCGUCAGAUAGAUGAUCCAUUGCGUGUAUUACUGAAGUCAAUGAGGAAAAUGGGCCGGGGCGAUUCCCCGGUCCGGUAA